UCACUUGUUAUCGCGAGAUCUUAACUCGCGGUCACUUCCGGUUGUCUAUUUGUGUCCGGUAGGAAGGAAACUGUUCUUUUCAGCUGCCUGGUUUUGGUCAAAUCGUCGACUUGAGACCUGAAUGCUUGCGGUAUUUAUCAAUCAGGAGCAUUUAUACUGAGAUGUCGGACGACUUGGUGAAACAGCUGAGCAGCUACAAAGCGCAGCUACAGCAAGUAGAAGUCGCCUUAUCUACCGACCAAGACAAUGAAGACCUCCUGAAACUACAGAAAGACUUACAGGAAGUCAUAGAUUUGACAAAAGACUUGCUGACCUCACAGCCCGCUGAAAGUGCUUCCAGUACCAAUGGCUCAGACACAGUACCCCUGAAGCAUGGCUGGAAAGUAGGGGACAGCUGUUUGGCUGUGUGGAAUCAGGACGGACAGGUGUAUGAGGCUGAGAUUGAGGAAAUAGACCGAGAGAACGGCACUGCAGCUGUUACCUUCGCUGGGUACGGGAACGCUGAAGUGAUUCCUCUGCAGAACCUCAAAGCCGUAGAGGAGGGGAAACGUUCGGACGAGGAUGGGAAUCUAAAGCCAAAAUCAAGGAAAGAGCAAAUAGCAGAGCAGAGAGAGUACAAGAAGAAGAAAGCCCAGAAGAAGGUCGCGAGGAUGAAGGAAUUGGAGCAAGAGAGGGAGGAACAAAAGUCAAAGUGGCAAAUGUUCAACAACAAAGCCUACUCAAAGAACAAGAAAGGACAGGUAAAGAGGAGCAUAUUUGCAUCUCCAGAAAGCGUCAACGGAAAGGUGGGAGUGGGAACAUGUGGUAUCGCAGACAAGCCAAUGACCCAGUACCAUGACACGUCAAAAUACAAUGUCAGACAUCUUAUGCCACAAUGACCUGAUAUAUUCUGUAUAUAAUAAUACACUGUAUACCAGCUGUAUCAGUGCUUUCCAUUGUGUUUAUACAAGAUUUACGUUUCCCAAGUAAAGAAAGGUAUUGCUUGCACACCAUUGUUUGAACUAUUGAUGUAGUUUUCUUAUAUAUUAUGUAGGUACAACAACAAAAAAAAUUCAAACGGAGGGGAUUUUCCCCACACUGGAACAAAGUCACCUGUUAUGUAAAAACGGGAAGUGGUGUUGUAGAAAAGCUGUAGAGUUUGUGUCCAGGUUCCACUGAGGCCAAAUACCUGCUAAGAUGAGUAUGAAUAUACACCCGCGGAUUUGGUUUUUGUAACUUUGAAGCUGGAUUUUAAACACUGACCCACUGUGGGGGGAGUCUGAACGUCAAUAAUGGUGUUGAUUUGACAUGGCUGAAUUUACGUUUUAAUUUGUGUAUAUAACAGUGAAAUAAACAUUGUUUUGUUUUCAGUUUUUUAAAUAACUGCCUCCACCUCAUUGUGACUGUUUAUACAUAUUUUUUUCAUUGUGGCUCUGUCAGGUCCUGUAGGUGGCAGUAAAGAUUUGUAGCAAUAUUCAUAAAUCCAGCAGCAUGCUGCAACUGUCAAUACAAACCCAAUUUAAACGCAAUUAAAGUCAGUUUUUUUUGUUUGA